UCUGUAAUCAUUUCUCUGCCUCCGAGUGAAGGCAACAAUAUCAAAACUGGUCCUCGUCUGACCCAUCUAGAACCCAAAAGACCUCAGUUUUGGAUGCGACUGUCAAUUGGAUCGUAGCGCUAUAUCCGAUUUCUUGGAGUAGCAUUCCCCUUUAAGCCCCUAGUCCGACUGAAAGAUAGCCUAUUGUCUUAAGUCCACCCAUCUGUGGGGGUGGCUCUGCGAAAGUUUGCAGGGGAAAGUUUUAAAGCUGUCACUGGCUGUCGGGAGAAGACUGAUGGAGCACAGAGGGGACAGCUACUCGUAAGCAAACAUUAACACCGAAAUACAAACAAGCCAAAAAAGACUGAGAAUGCAACAAAACCGCCCCGUGGAGGCAGACGAUGUUCAGGCCUAAAUUGAAGAAGUUUACUGGGACUGUCACAGUUUAAGUGGCUGCAACAAAGCGAAAAGUGCAUCCAGCCCAAAUGGAAAUAAUUUGAAAUUAAAAUCGACUCGGUGUUAGAAAGGCAUUAAAUGUUUAUUAACUAUAGGCUACCGUCCUGACAAAAUGACCCGUUUUGACUGCGGGCUUCACGGAGCUUCUUUCAUUCACUUCUGCAUCGUACUUCUGACGGUCCUGGAAAGCUGCAAAACGUUUGGAUUAUCACAUGAAACAGAGAGAUUUCUGCAGGAUCUGCCUAUGUAUGAAGUGGUUCACCCCAGUAGAGUGGAUGCCAGAGGUCACUUCCUGUCCAACUUCCUGUCUCAUCAUGCUCGCCGUGUACAGCGCCGGGAAGCCUCAGAGGAACCAGUAGACUUAGAUCGUGUCUUCUACCAGUUGUGGCAUGGCGGACACAGUCUGUACUUUAACCUAACUCUCAACCCACACCUGCUCGCUCCGGGCUUCCUGACGGAAAGGAGGUACGGUGGCCUGGAUGGGGCCAAGAUCCAACCUCCUGGAUCUUCCCAGUGCCAUUUCUUAGGGGAAGUGUGGGAUGAGAUCACUGUUAAAGGGAACGCAGCAAUAAGUACCUGUGAUGGACUGACAGGAAUGUUCAAGUUGUCGGAUCAAGAGUUCUUUAUUCAGCCUCUGGAGAAAUCAAACCAUAAGACCUCGGCACCACAGGCGCACGCCAUCUACAAACGCCACGCGUACCCCACCUCCUCGAGUCCAGUCGUGCAGCCCAUCUCAGGGAAACAAGCUGCCAACGGUACCUGUGGAGUUGAAAAUUCCCAUCAAAGUUUUGAAGACACUGAGAGACAGCGGGAGCACUGGGAACACCGUCAGCAGAGAAGGAGGAGGAUUCGUCCUCGCUCAGUCAGCAAAGAGAAGUGGGUGGAAACGCUGGUGGUGGCCGACCCAAAAAUGGUGGAGUAUCAUGGCAGCAAAGCUGUGGAAAGCUACGUCCUUGCUGUCAUGAACAUUGUGGCGGGUCUCUUCCGAGAUGCAAGUAUUGGAAAUGCAAUCAACAUUGUAGUUGUUCGACUCAUCCUACUGGAGCAAGAUGAGGAUGACUUAAAGAUUACACACCAUGCUGACAACAGCUUGAACAGCUUCUGUAAAUGGCAGAAACGACUCAACAUGAAAGGAGACGAUCACACGCUGCACCAUGAUGUAGCAGUUCUGCUCACCAGGAAGGACAUCUGUGCAGCCAUCAACAUGCCUUGUGAGACACUGGGUCUGUCCCAUGUGGCAGGGAUGUGUCAGCCACAUCGCAGCUGCAGCAUCAGUGAAGACACCGGCCUCCCACUGGCCUUCACUGUAGCACACGAGCUGGGGCACAACUUUGGGAUUCAGCAUGAUGGCAACGGUAAUGACUGUGAACCCAUUGGGAAACGACCUUUCGUCAUGUCUCCACAGCUCCUGUACGGCACCUCGCUGCCCAGGUGGUCACGCUGCAGCCGCCAGUAUAUCACCCGCUUCCUUGAUCGCGGUUGGGGUUGGUGCCUUGAUGAUGCCCCUGUGAAGGAUAAACUGUCUCUAAACUCAGUGCUUCCUGGAGUUCUGUACAGCGCUGCCCAUCAGUGCCGGCUACAGUAUGGAUCUGGGUCCCUGCUCUGCGAUGACAUGGACAACGUAUGCAGCACUCUGUGGUGCACUGUGGGAACAACCUGCCACUCAAAGCUAGACGGGGCUGCGGAUGGGACCAGUUGUGGCGAGGACAAGUGGUGUAUAAGUGGGGAGUGUGUAGCAGUUGGAUAUCACCCAGAGAGUGUAAAUGGCGGCUGGGCGUCGUGGAGUGAUUGGUCACCCUGUUCGAGGUCAUGUGGGGCUGGAGUCCAGAGUGCCCAACGAGACUGUGAUAACCCAGUUCCUAAGUACAGAGGGAAGUAUUGUCUGGGAGAGAGACGGAGGUACAAGAUCUGUAACACAAUGCCAUGUCCCCACGAGCUGUCCUCCUUCAGAGACACCCAGUGUAGUCACUUCAACACCAUGCCCUACAAGGGCAAGUUCUACAAGUGGGUCGCUGUCAUCAACAGAGUCAACCCCUGUGAACUGCACUGCCGUCCGCUGAAUGAACAUUUCUCUGAAAAGAUGCGUGAUGCCGUCACUGAUGGGACGCCGUGCUUAGAGGGCAACAAAAGCCGAGAUAUGUGUAUCAAUGGCAUCUGUAAGAAUAUAGGCUGUGACUAUGUGAUUGAAUCCACUGCUGUAGAGGAUCGCUGUGGGGUGUGUCUUGGUAAUGGCUCCACCUGUACGACUGUGAGGAGAACCUUUGAGGAGACUGAAGGACUUGGCUAUGUAGACAUUGGACUGAUCCCAGAGGGUGCGUGGGACAUCCGGAUCGAGGAGGUGGCUGAAGCUGGGAAUUUCUUGGCCUUACGAAGUGACAACCCAAACAAGUAUUAUCUGAAUGGUGGCUGGACUAUCCAGUGGAACGGAGAGUACAAGGCAGCUGGGACAGUGUUCACCUAUGAAAGAACAGGACAUCUAGAGAACUUGACUUCACCUGGGCCUACCAUGGAACCACUGUGGAUUCAGCUUCUCUUUCAGGAGACCAAUCCAGGAGUGCGCUACGAGUACACAAUCAGUCAAAAUGUGUCAGAAGAUGACGACAUUUCCGCCUCAGUUUUCUUCUGGAAAUAUGGUUCUUGGACUGAAUGUAGUGUCACCUGUGGAACAGGUGUUCAGAGGCAGAUUGUUCACUGUGUGGAGAAGACAACUGGGAUAGUAGAAGAGCACUUCUGUGACCCCUUAGCCCGACCCGAUGAUAACCAAACCAGCUGCAACAAAGAUCCGUGUCCAGUCAUGUGGUGGGUCGGGGAGUGGCAGAAAUGCUCAUCGAGCUGUGGGAGCUCAGGCCUGGCUAAAAGGACAGUGCUUUGCAUACAGGCAAUAAGUGUGGAGGAGCAGAAAGCCCUGCAGCCCAGUGAAUGCGAACACAUACCCAAACCUGAGUCACUAUCCUCCUGCAACACACACAUCCCCUGCCCAGCCGACUGGACCACUGGCAGCUGGUCAAAGUGUUCGCUGACUUGUGGAAGUGGAGUACGUCGCCGCAAUGUAACCUGCUCUAGAAACACAGGUGUUGACUGUGACCCACAGAAGAAGCCGCUUGCUGUCACUACCUGCUACAUCCAGGACUGCCCACAAGUAGUGGAUAAUUUUGGAGGCAUCGACUGGUCUGGAAGUGGCUGGUCGAGCAAAGAAGUGCUCAAUGAAAUUAACUCCAAACCUGUGGCCAAACCACCUCCAAAAUACAGCACCACCAAAGCCCAGCCAAUAACUCAUAAUGACUUAAAUAACAUUGUUGAGGGAGAUUUCCACUACCAUAAUAACAUCGAAAAUAUUGAUAAUUCUCAGGAAAAUAGUGUUGAAGUUGAUGAUUUUUACUAUGACUAUAACUUUAUCAAUUUCCAUGAAGACUUGUCAGAUGAGAGCGAGGGAAAAGAUUCCGAGGACAAUCAGGAAUUUGAUACUCCACGGGAGGCCAAGCCGACCCGCAGCGUGAAAGAAAAUGCAUACAUGGAGACUACAAGAGCCCCAACGGCGAGUUCAGCCAUUUCUACAGUUUCAGAGGCCACUUCCCACUCUUCAACAACUGCAGGGCCACAGGAAACAAAUCUGGACAAUGUGAAGGACAACGGAAACCCAGCAACGAAAGAAUCCAUGCAAAUGAAUUCAGAUAAUUUGGAUGACUUUCUUUCAGAGGAUUAUCUUCUGCCUGUUUCUACCACUCGCUCACCACCAUUGUCCACAACUAAGCAUUCACAAAAACAGAGACAUAGCGAUCUGUGGUGGCCUGAAAACAUUAGCACAAUGCCCAGUCUGGCUUUCACAACAAAGGACCCUACACAGGAUGUGAAAUGGGGGCAAGAUGGGGAAGAGGCUGAAAAUAACUAUGAUGAUUUCACUGAGGAGGAAAAUCAUACUGAGGACUUCACUGUGACUCCAAAACAUGCUGCUCCCACUCCUGGACUUCAAACCACUAGCAGUAGUAUCAUAGCUACAACAGCAAUUGCUCAAGAGCCAGAGGAUGAUUUUGUGUACAAUUAUGAUGAAGAAAGUACACAAGGACCUAAAGUCUCUGCAUCCCAAGAAGAUGUAGAGAGUCCAGAACCCUUAGGCUCCCCGAUUCCAGAAACUACAGUUCAGGUUAAGACCUAUCACUCAGUCCAACUGGACGAAAGAACUUCAGAAAUACCUCAAACAACCAGUCAAUCAAUAAUAUUUCCAACUACUGACUUGGAUCAAACUCAUUUAAGUACCACUAGCAAGGGUAAUUCAUGGGUGUCUGACCAUGACCUCAGUGCGACCUCACUUUCCGUCCCCGAGAAAUCCACUCCUCUUCCCAAUCCCCAUCUGCUAAUCUCAGGUAACCAAGAGGCCUCAGAUGACACCACAUCAUUAACUGGAACAGAAUUCUUACCUCCUACAAACCUGGAGGAAGUCACUCAAUCUUCUCCAGCUGGUUUCCAGCCAGCUACAACCGAGCAGACACUGACCAAACCUGCUGUCAAUGCAAGAACUGGAAUAGAUUCCACAUCCCACUCCCCAUCGCUUAUUUUAAGUGAUUUUGACUACAAUGAAAUUGUUCUUCCCCCAGUGGUGAGUACUACUAGCAAUAAGAGUGAUCCUGGCACUACACCAGCACAGUACAUGGAAUCACCAACACCUGCUGCGCCCAUUUUGCCAACCCAUUCACCUACUCUGGGGUCGCUUCCUCUACCAUCAUCAAUCCAAUCUCCAGCCUCCACACAAGUUACUGCAGCAGCCUACUGGGUCACCGGAAACUGGAGCGCAUGCUCCACCACCUGUGGUCUGGGUGCCAUUUGGAGGACUUUGGCCUGCAGCACUGGCUCAGAUGCUGACUGUGACCCAGCCAAGAGGCCUGCACCUGCCCAACGGUGUUACCUGCGCCCCUGCUCCAUGUGGAAAGUUGGGGAAUGGAGCAAGUGCUCCAAGAAUUGUGAAAGCGGCCUUAAGUCACGAGAGGUCCAGUGUUUUGACAUGCGGGAUCAUAGGGCCCUGCGACCUUUCCACUGCCGGGCAAUGUCCUCCAGGCCACAAACACAACUGCCCUGUAACCUUCAGCCAUGUCUCGACUGGUACGCCUCCUCCUGGGGUGAGUGCUCUGAAGUGUGUGGAGGAGGUGAGCAGCAGCGUAUAGUCACCUGUCCAGAGGAGGAUCUUUGCGACAGGGAGCUUCAGCCCAGCAACAUUCAAUCGUGUAACAACCAGCCUUGUGCUCAGUGGCUUACUGGAUCUUGGGGACAGUGUUCAGCCUCUUGUGGUGGCGGAGUGCAGCGUCGACUCAUCAAGUGCGUUAACACAAAGGCUGAGACAGAAGAAGAAGUGGAUCAAGCUCAGUGCGACCAUGAGCCGCAGCCAGAGAACACGCAGAAGUGUAAUUUACAAGAGUGCGAGAUCGCCCCCUCUGGAGCAGCUUGCGUCCGUGAUCGACUCACGUUUCGUUUCUGUCAGACUCUUCGCUGGUUGGGUCGUUGCCACUUGCCCCACGUGCAAGCACAGUGCUGCAAAACCUGCAGCCAGCGUUCCCGCUCCAGCAGCACAUCUCGCCGCUGAGGUACAACAAAGCAACCACUCCGGGGUCGAUCCCAGGUGAACUGCCACGUGUGCCUCAUCAACACAGCAGGCACCACUGAUUUUGCCGCAGAGCGAUGAAAUAUAAAUCAUUAUUUUAAGUGAACAAUGUGAACCCUUUCCUGAUUUCUUCACCUCAACAGAUUUAUUAUGAAUCAGUCCUACUCCAAAUCACUGCAUGGUUGUGCCAGUGAAAUUAUUAUAAAGGGCUGAAAUCCAUCGGAAAUAUAACAAAGCGUAACCCUUCUGUUCUACAAAAUGGUGAGAAUGUAAAUAUUUGUUUGCACUUUGUAUAUUGUAGUUUUGGACAUUUUAUGAAUCCAGGUUUCAUUGUAAAAGAUACGGUGCUAUCCUAUCAAUGUAGCUGGCUUACUAUGGCAUUAUUACACAUGUAGAUAAACCACUCAUUAACCUUUAUGGUUGGUACAAUGCUUUCAUUUCAUUUGACAGCAGCAUAAACUGUACAGAUUAAAAUAGACAGGUAUAUAAUUCAUGAUGUGGUUUUAGAUAUAAUGUGGUACAAUUGUUGUGAGGCAAAAAAUAAGUGGUGCAUAAAUGCUUCAUGUGACAUUUAUAUAUAUAGUUGACUGUUUGCUAACCACCGCCCCCAUUAGUUACUGUUGCUAUGGCCGUCACGAUUUCUCUUCUAGCAAGGCAAAUAUGCAGUUCACAAUUGUAAUAUGGCAGAUUUACCACUCAAACAUUUUUGAACAAUGGGUCACUGAUAUAAGACUGUUACUGUUGGUUUUGCCAAAAAAAAAACAAAAAAAAACAUAACCACAACAGAAGUUACCUCAGGGCACUUUUCACAUAGAGCAGUUCUAAACCAUACUCUUUAAUUUACAGACCCAACGUUCCCCCCAUGAGCAAGCACUUGGCGAGAACGGCAAGGAAAAUCUCCCCAUUAAUGGGAAGAAACCUCAAGCAGAACCAGGCUCUAGGUGGGCAGCCAUCCGCGUCGACUGGUUGGGUUGAGAA